AUGUCUACAGCCUUCACAUUCCUCCCCUUGGGAGCCAUCAUCCAGGAAUUCCACGUCAACGGCAUCAACAUUGUCCAGGGCUUCCAGACAGCGUCGCAGUACAAGCAGCACAACGCCCCCUACUUUGGCGAGACGAUAGGACGCAUCGCCAACCGCGUAGCAAAAGGCCAGAUCGACUCGCUGAACGGCAAAUCGUACCAGCUCCCUGUGAACAACGGCCCCAACUCGCUGCAUGGCGGUGAGCAGGGGUGGGGAAAGCGCGAGUUUGAGGGCCCGGUGAGUGUGGAGCGCAACGGCGAGGACGCUGUGCUCUUCACGUACCUGAGUAGGGAUGGCGAGGAGGGGUAUCCUGGCACCGUGCAGGUCCGCGUCUGGUAUGUGCAGAAGAAAGAGCAGGUCGAGGGGGUGCAGCAGGAAGUGCUCUACAUUGAGUAUGAGGCUGAGUUGGUCGGCGAUCAAGUCGAAGAGACGGCCAUCAACAUGACAAACCACAGCUACUUCAAUUUGACGGGGAAGCCGUCGAUUGCUGGCACCGAGGUCACACUAAUCACCAACAAGUACCAAGUCGUGGAUAACGGCGGGAUUCCCACAGGUCCGAUUGAAGAGUACCCCGGCAUAACUGGCGGCAAGAGCUUCACCCUGGGCGAGAAAGAGCCCGACGUCGACGACUGCUUCGUCGCCAACACAGACGCGCGCAGCAUCCCCGUCGACACUCGCUCGUCGCCUCUGCAAAAACUCGUAGCUGCGUAUCACCCGGAGACCAAGAUCCAUCUCGAGGUGCACUCGACGGAGCCUGCGUUCCAGUUCUACACGGGCAAGUACAUUGAUGUGCCAGCUGUUGAUGGCCUUCCGGCGAGGGCUGCUCGGUCGGGGUUCUGCGUCGAGCCCAGCCGCUAUGUCAACGCCAUCAACGUCCCGGAGUACAGAUCCAUGAUGAUUCUUAAAAAGGGGCAGAAGUACGGGGCCAGGAUUGUGUACAGGGGCUGGACUGCGUAG